AUGGCUUUAUCUUCUUCUGUGACCCGUAUACUCAUUGUGCUCUUUGUAGCACUGGGCAGCAUGACAUAUGGAUACUGUUCAAGUAUCAUUUCAAUCACACUCAGUCAGCCAUCUUUCAUCUCCUAUUUUGAAAUGGAUACUCGUUCCAAUGCAAGUGACUUGACGGGCACCAUCAACGGGGUGUUCCAGGCCGGUGGCUUCAUCGGAACGUUGAGUUGCCUGGGUACUGCAGACUGGCUAGGCCGCCGCAAGGCGUUGCUUGCAGCAGCGGCUUUGACGGUUCUGGGAGGAGCCCUGCAGGCUGGCAGCGUCAACAUCGGCAUGUAUAUUGUGAUGCGCGCCAUCACCGGCGUGGGAAUUGGCGCCCUGGUGACUCUGGUUCCUCUUUAUCAGAGCGAGAUAGCACCACCGAAGAUCCGAGGUCUUUUGGUUGGGAUGCACGGGACAAUGAUCGGGACAGGCUAUGCUCUCGCCGUCUACAUUGGUUUCGGGUUCUACUUUGUCAAUGCCUCCGGCGCGCAGUGGCGCAUCCCCCUAGCCAUUCAAUGCCUACCCCCUUUGCUACUUGCAUGCGGCAUUAUGAUGCUUCCGGAGACACCCCGAUGGCUCAUCAUGAAAGAUCGCGUUGGCGAGGCAUUCGAUGCCUUUCGGGCCACACGGUCGGAAAGCUCGGACAGCCUAAUCGCAGACGAAGUAGGGCUACGAGCAGACUUUGACCAUCUCCAUCGCCAGACACUGCACGAGCUUCAGCACGUGGUUCCUUUCAAGCAAUUCCUGUUCCAAAAAUCGCUGAGAAAGAGAUGCUUUAUCGGCUUCAUGACUAUGUUUGGAGCGCAGUGUACAGCUACAAUCGUCAUCAACAACUAUGGCCCUUCUUUAUACAGUAGCCUCGGUUUCAGCACGGUGGCAACGUUCGGUAUACAGUCUGGGUGGAUUUCAACAGCCCCCUUUGGCAAUUUCAUCAACGCCAUAAUCGUCGAUCGUGUUGGUCGUGUCAGAUUGCUUCUGAUUGGAUUCACGGGCUGCCUGUUGGCGCUGAUGGGUGAAUGUAUCACAGUCUCAUUCUUUCAAAGCUCUGGCAGUCGUGGUGCCGCUUCUGGGGCUGUAUUUUUCCUGUUCGCCCACAUCACCGUCUUCGUAUUAUGUGUUGACGCCACCACCUACAUCUAUGCUUCAGAGAUAUUUCCGACGCCACUUCGAGCAAAGGGCCUGGCGAUAUCUUGCUCCGGACUAUUCUUUGCCACAAUCAUCUUCACGACAGCAGCUCCGACGGCGUUCGCAAACAUCGGCUGGAAAUACUACUUGGUUUUCGUGGUGUUGACGACCAUCACCAUCAGUAUUGUGUACUUCAUGUUCCCUGAGACACGUCAGCUGUCACUUGAAGAUGUCCAAGGUCUCUUCGGCGAUUCUGUUGACGAGGUGGACUUCAUUGAAGGGGCUAAUGCAGAAAACCAAAGGGUUGAAAAAUCGACAAAACACCCAGAGGAGUCUGUUACGUCUGAGGCAACUAUCACAAAGGGUUAG